CCUGGACUAGUAUGCAAUAACCCCCGUGGGGUUGCGAUCGGAAACGCGGGGCAGCCUGGGGCUAGUUAUUCCAAGAAGAACCGUCUUGCCAUUUGAAUAAAAGCCAAGGAUCAAUACAAGCGCCCAAAACUCACUCAAUCAUUCACGUCCACAUACUCGAAGGAUUCCUCUCCGCCUCGAAUCCUACUGAUGGAUUUCUUAUGCUGAGUGGGUUCUUUCAUACUUUCGACUGGUGAUUUGCGUCUAUAGAACAACUCUGAUCCUUGGGAUGCCCGUACUCGCUUUUAUUCGGACCUGCCAUCCCGCUGCCAUCCCGACAUCACUCACGAUGUUCCAUUCGAUGUUCGCGCGGUACGCUGUACUGUGGUACAUUGAUCUACAGUCGUGUUCACCAGGGCGCGCUAGCUGGUCAUUAAGUUCCACUGAAUCUUUCUUUCGCGCCUAUGACCCUGAAUAUAUCCAGAUUAACACCCUUGACUUUCCUCGUUUCUGUCUUCGUACAUAACUAACAUGCAGCUGCAUCAAGUAGUUGCGACUGGAGCUUCAGCCACCAGUACGUUUCCAACUUCCUCCCGAAUAAAUUGUCUUUGCGAAGCCAUUUCCACGAUCACCAGUGAUGCAUUCAAUACCUCAUUCUUGAUUCGCACACACCGGCGCUUCCAGCUUUCGUCAACUGAAAGAGAUUACCUUCACGUGGAAGAAGGCGGCAGCAUAAAGUUAAGUUAUGUAGGCACGUAGAUGGAGCCUCCGGAGAAGAUCGUACGUUUUGCGCGUGGUCUGCUCGUGCUCCCGUGCAUAGGAUAAGUGCUACCUACAGGGCUCUCACUCCAUGCUUGAACCUCCUACUGGACUAUACCUCCAACCGACGGAGAAUGGACGCUGACCAUCCGGAAACGGAGCCUUUUGCAGCUUCUGCUAACACUGACUACCCGGAUCUGGCUCCUGUUCGUAAAUCUGAUGCAAAUGUUGUCUUACAUGUCGCUCGAUGGAUCGGAACCUCGCUACGCGAAGUUUUGCCUUGGAUUUGGAAAGGUAGUAGCAAGCCACAAGAUACAUUCAAUGCGACGGACCUGAAACGCACUCUGCGACGAUUUGAGGAGGAUAGUUCUAACCUCUCCGCUCUUGAGCAGUUGGAUGAUGUACUGCUUGCAAUUGUAACCAAUAAGAACCGUGUCAGCGUCUUCGAGAAACAGUGGAAGGUGUUGAUUUCGGACGUAGAAACUAUCAGAGAAAUGCUUCUUGACUUCUCGCAGGGAAGUCGAGAACAUGCUUGGUAUAACCGAGUCUCCGACGAGACGUCUCAGGCCCUGCAAAGUCUGUCACAUGAAUUGAUUCAGGUUGUUGGCCUGCUUCGGGAAUGCCUUUCGGUGAAUCGAGUACGCCUCAUGUUCUACCGUUAUCGCAUUUCAAAGAACAUAAAUAAAUGCCAAGCGCGUAUAGCUACGGUCCUUCAAACGAUAAAGAUCCUGGUGACCCCUCGGGAGAUAUAUAAUUGUCCCCUUGAUAACAUCGUUGCCGCCGGUGUCCCUGUAGAUGUGACACCCCAUGCAACUUCGAAACGAUACCGAUUACUAGAUUGCAGACUGUUUGUCUCGAACAACAUCCUCCAGAUAUGCGAAUUUGCGAACUUCCCACACGUCGAAUACUCAGCAAUCUCCUACGUCUGGCGCGGAAACGUUCCAGAUCCAGACUCUACCAGCCCAACGUUUUCUGUCUUGGGGGCGGAGGCAGCCGAUCCUAUCAGCGUCGAAGUCCUUAUGCAUGCUUGUACCGCUUCACUGUCAAGAGGAGUUCCGUACCUAUGGAUCGAUAGGCUUUGCAUCCUGCAGACCAGUCGCGAAGAUAAACAGUGGCAAAUCGGUCAAAUGUUCCGCAUGUACCAAUCAUGCAGAAUGUGCAUCGUCAUUCCUGGCGGUGUACAGCUCCUCGUUCGCCUCGACCAGGAGACGUCAUGGAUACAUCGAGGGUGGACGCUUCAGGAAGUGUUGGCACCGAGAAAUACAGUCGUUCUCUUUGCCUGGAAACUCGGAUCUGGGACAGGCAGAGCAGGCGAAGGAGCCGCAGAAGAGAUCAAAGAAGUCGUUCCUCAAAAGUCCGCCAUGGCACCAUUCUCCCUCAUUCUAGAUGCCUGCGUCACUGGGACGCUGUCAUUCCACAGAAGUUCCACCUCCCUGGAGAGUUCUUUGAUGGUCGAAUGCAAAAUGUUUAGUGCACAACCGUCCAAUUUCAGUUACAAUGAUAUUCCGUUUUGGCAGCCACAGCGCAAGAUCCUGUCUCCGAACGUUUCCGCGCUCGCUGUCGCCAUGGAUGAAGUAUUGUCUGCCGAUGAGGACACAAGACAUUACGCCAUCUGGCAAAGCGCUCUGAUGCGUACUUCGUCUCGACCUGUCGAUAUGGUUUUCAGCAUCAUGGGCUUAUUCGGUGUGUCUCUCGACACCCAGUCGUUCCAUAAGAACGAUAGAGUAGGAGCGACGAUAGCUCUUGCAAAGGAAAUACUAAACCAGGGUGGAACCGCUUGCUGGAUGGGAGUCUCCUUCCGUUUAGACCCAUGCCAACAGAUUUCCACUUUCCCAGCUUUUCCCCGUACGAGUGUUGCAGGGAAAGCACUUAUUCGAGUCCAGGGCCAAGUCCGAGAGGUAUCUGAGUUCAUGGACAGCGAAUAUCCGAAUGCCGCAGCCCUCAUCGGCAUGCCACAGGGCAGUAUGGACGACCAUGGAUAUCUUCAGUUGAAGAGGAAAGCGAUACCCCUACAACUUGCAACAAGAAAGCAGAGCGCAGCCCGGCGCGCAACGUUGGCGUUGAGCAACAGAAUGAGCCUGUCGACGACAAGCAGAGAUUCAACUCUUCCGACCAGUCUAACGGCAAACGACGGGUCUGUCUGGGAGCCGCAAAGUAGAGAUGUUGACGUAGAGGGACAUUUGGAUUCAGUUGCAUUUGCUGUGUUACUCGGAUGGUUCAAUGCAUACUACCCUGGCGCGACGCCAGCGGACGAGGGGAACAACAUUCGUGCGAUGAUCGUGCAACAACACGCUCCUGGCAAGUUCCACGUGCGAUCGUACUUGUCUGUGGAAAGACGAUACAAGAGCUGGGUCGACUCGUGGUCCGAAUACGAUUUCUGCGUUGGUGGUCCCGAGGAAUGGAAGCAAAGUGAGCGGACUGACUUUGCUGAAAGCAGUGGGGGUGUCGACGAAGAGUCGCAAGUAAAGCCUGUCGGUCGUCUCACGAUCCCAAACGAUCCCCAGGGCCAAGCGGCUACAUUGAAAGAUAGGACAACACGAGCUGCGAGAUGGGCAGUACCACAGAAAGUAUUGGAAAAGUAUGUGCGAUGAGUUCAGGACGAUGCGGUGUAUCUCCUCUCGGUAUACCUUACAGCGCAUGAAGGAAACUCGGUGUCAGAAGAGAGAAAUAGCAGACAAAUGAGUUGACUCGGUUGAGAGAGCAAGAAGAACUCAACACAAGAGACUUUGACAGGGCCGGGAUUUCUAUUGAAUACGCACGAGAAUUACAACAGACAUUGAUCAUGUGUAGUCUACAUAUUCCUGCAAUAUUUUCGCUAUC